AUGUUAGAAAGACGACAAAAAACACGCAAGCUGCUUGAGAAGAUGCAGCAUCAACUUGGUAUGGCUAGCGGUGAGGAAGGAACUGCAAUGCAUCCACUGACUAGCGACCAAAUCAAAGAGGCAAUGCAAAAUCCAGAAUUCGCAGAAAUAGCCAAAGAAUUUCAACAACUGCAGGGGACGCAAAUUCUCGGGCAAGAUCCGCAAUCAAGUACUGUGUUGGAAAAUAUCAAGCAGCAAAUGGACAUAGUUAUGUCCAAGACUGGUGAGAAGCCCAAUUACGACAAGAUGGUCAACCUGUACAGUCUCCUGAGAGAGGCAGACCGGAAAAGUACUCUGGACGACCUAGAAGGUAGCGAAGUACGCUCAGAAGACUUGCAACUGACUGCACAGGAGACCGAGUACCUUCGAUCACUGCAACAGGUUGUCAGUGAACGCCUUCUGACGGAGAUCUCUGUUUUGACUAGUUUAUUGCCACCAGAGCGGUGCGCAUGGAUGUCACUGCAAGAGAACUGGGAAAACCAACGUGAAAGUCUUUGCGUGUUGGCCCAGUUGAUCCAAGUUGAAUCAGUUGAAACUGACCUUGCCUCAGUCAUUGUGUCUGCCCUGCUGAUGAAUGUAGCCGAUGGCGUCGCUGCGCUGGAGUCGACAACGAUGAUUCCUCCGGAGGAAAGAGUCAUUUAUUAUGGCUAUAUUCGAGACAGUAUUGAAGCGCUCUCCUGGUUUGACAUCGACGUUAACGAAGCAAAACAAAUGAUAGCAGUCAGUCUUUUCGCCCGUUUUACUUUAUUGCACUUUAAGCCACACGCAUCUCAUACUUCCGAGACUAAUAUUUGCACAAUUGAUGUUUAUGACAGAGCUGUUCCGUCUUCACCUUCCCAAUACGCUUUUUACACAAAGACUUAG